AUGUUUUCAAAAUUCUUUACAUUUUUACUAGCUUUUAUUAUUUUUCUAAACAUUACUACACUAUCAUAUCCAAUUCCGGUAAAUCGCAAGUUUUCAAAUUUGAAAGAUGAAGACAACAGAAAUUUGAGGAUUUUAGUAGCCAGACAGUAUAGUCCUACCUUCAUUCGAACUCAAAUUUCAUUUCAAACAAUAAUAGUGAAUUCACCGUUGCCUACUGCUGUUGCAAAACCAACUACUACUACACCUUUGGUCAUAUUUGCUACAACUACACCUUUAGUCACAUCUACUACUUCAACCAUAUUUACUACUUCAACCGAAUCUUUAGCUGGACCACCUACUUUAGUUGGAUCUACAUCUUCAAUCGGUCCUGAUAAUACAAUAAGUCCUAUUACUCCAACCUUUAUACUGCCUGCUACCGAAACUUCAACAGAGGCUGCCCCAACUCCUAUACAACAGUGA